UGUUGGACUAUAUUUGGCAUGACCGCUGUCUCCCGGAUGUGAAGUUGGCGGGAAGCUUUGCAAAUCAACAAGACAAGAUGUCGAAGCGUGGAGCUGCAGUCAAGAAGGAGCCUUCUUCUUCCUCUAAGAAAGCUAGAAAGUCCAUCGUUAAUUCACAUUUUAGUGUACAAAAGCCUUCCUCGACCAAAGGUUUUGUCGAUGGAUCGAUCUACAGAGUUAAAAUGAAGAAUUUCUCGACUUAUGAUGAAUGUGAAUUUAGUCCUGGACCGUACCUUAACAUUCUUGCAGCGCCAAACGGUACAGGAAAGUCUUCGGUUGUAUGCGCAAUCUGCCUUGGACUUGGAGGUCACCCCCGUUUACUUGGAACAACUAGCGAGGUAGGAGGGUUUGUGAAACAUGGACGUCCACAAGGAAUGGUUGAAAUCGAACUGUUCAAUUCAAAUGGUCCAAACUAUGUAAUAACAAGGGAAAUCACCAGAGAAGGGAAUAGAUCGACUUGGAAACUAAAUGGAAAAUCUUCUACCUUAGGAGAGGUACACGAUGUACGUGAUCAGUUGAAUAUCCAGCUUGACAAUCUGUGCCAGUUUUUGCCACAGUUCAAAGUGGAAGAAUUUGCUAAAAUGACGCCACAGUUACUGCUUCGUGCAACUGAGACAGCAGUUGGGCCUCCUGGAAUGUUAGACAACCACAAAAAGCUUAUUGAGCUUAGAAAAACUCAGAAAGAUCUUGAGUUGACUCUGAAAGGCAAACAAGAGCAUCUUGAACGACUUCAAGAACAAAAUGGACAGCUUGAACAUGAAGUUCGCCGUUUCCAGGAAAGAGAGCGUUAUAUGGAAAAAGUCCAGAUUCUGGAAAAGAAAAGACCAUGGGCUGAAUAUGAGCAGACAAGAGUAAAAUUUGUGGCAUCUAAACAAGAGAGAGAUGAAGCUAAACAGAAACGUGACAUGACAAGAAACCAAAAUGCUCCCAUGGCUAAUAAACUAAGCAAGGUUGAUAAAGAUCUCAAAGACCUUGAAGCAAGAAUGAAACAACAGAAUGAACAUGGCAAUGAAAUAAUGCGAAGAACAAACUCCAAAAAAGAGCAAUUUGAGAGGCUGAUUGACCAGGUUGAAGAAUAUUUAGCCCAGUUAAAGGACAUGAAAGAUAAGGAAAAACGUAGUGAAAAAAAAAUUCAGGAACUUGAACGUCAAAUGCAAGGAAUUCAAAGUGAGCUGGAAAAUCUACCAGAUCCUGAGACUUUACAGCCACAAAUUGAAGAAGUUAACACACAAGCCCGUCAAAUCAACAGAGAGCUUACAACAAUACAACAGGAAGGAAGCAGAAUCGUGGAGGAGAAAAGGCACUUAACAGCUCAAGCAUCAGAUGCAAAGAGCAGAUUGAGUGUACUUGAAGAUAUCAAGAAGAAGAGAUUAGAUCUGCUUCGUAAUAUGUCCAGAGAUACUUACAAUGCUGUAAUGUGGCUCAGAGAGAACAAGGACAAGUUUAAGCAACAAGUUUAUGAACCCAUUCUUUUACAGGUGAACAUGCUUGAUGUAAACAAUGCCAAGUACUUGGAAAGACUCAUCAGUAAUAAUGAUUUAAGGUCAUUUGUAUUUGAAACAAGAGAAGACAUGAACCUAUUUCUCCAUGAGGUUCGCGACAAACAAAACUUGAAGGUCAAUGGUGUUACUCCACCACCAGAACCACUCUCUCAUUUCAAGCCAACUCGAAGCAUUGAUGAUCUAAAGAAAUGGGGGUUUCAUUGCUACAUCAAGGAUAUGUUCACAGCACCAGAUGCAGUCAUGAAGUACUUGUGUGAGAACUAUAGAGUCCAUGACAUCCCAUUGGGUAGUGACUACACGGCUAAGAAUGCUGAAAAAGUUAUCAACGAAUCUGGACUGACUAAUUUUUUCACGCCAUCAUCAAGGUACACAGUCAAGAGGUCCAAAUACGGCAAUAGAGAAAGAUCAACACGUGUUGACCAUAUUGGGGAUGCAAGGUUCUUCAAUAAUUCUGUAGAUUUGGAAGCAAAGCGAAUUCUUGAGGCAGAGCUCCAGGAAAUCCAAACCCAAUUGCAAAGCAUGAAUGAACAUUAUAAAGAGCUGCAAGGAAAAGAGUCAGGAUUAAGCAAAAAGCUGGAAGAGCUGAGGAACAAGAAGAAAAACCUUAAUUCUCAACUGCAAAGAAGACGGACGCUUGGGAAUCAGCUUGAAAAUAAACAAAAAAUGAUAGAGACAACAAAGAAGGAAGCUCCAAAUCUUCAAAAGGAAGAAGCUCGAAUCCAAAAAGAAAUAGACAAAACAAAUGGCAAAAGAGUUGCUGCUCUCAAACAAUUUAAAGAUGGAAUUGGGGAAUGUGUCAAUGUUGGCAAAGAGAAGCUGAGGAGCAGUUUGCAGCAUGCAAGACUUUCAGCAGAGAAGACAAGAAUUGGAAAUCAGUUUAGAGAAGCACAAGAACAAAUCAAAAAAGCUGAGGAAGAGUUCGAGGAAGCCCAGAGAAAAUGUGAUUCCCUGAAAAACAAGGCUAAAAGCUUGAGGAAACUAGCACACCAGAAAACAGACAUACCCGAAGGGCAAGACGUUCCUGCAAGCUUAAAAGAGGCUUUCAAGCUAUACCCUGAUACUCUAGAUGAAAUCGAUGAAAUGAUCCAUGAACAGAGAGCCAGAGCAGAGUGCAACCACCAGACUGACCCUAGAGUUGUGAAAGAGUAUGAAUCACGGAAGAAGGAGAUUAACAGUUUGUCAGCUGUGGUAAAUACAGAGUCAGCUGACCUCGAGACAAAACAGCAAAAGAUUGAUGAACUAAAGGAGAGUUGGCUGACACCUCUUGAAGAACUAAUAAACCAAAUCAACACCAGAUACGGACAGUUCUUUAGAAUGAUGGGAUGUGCUGGAGAGGUUUCUCUUGCUAAAGAUCAGGUUGAAAAUGAGUUCGACAAAUAUGGCAUUCAAAUCAAGGUCAAAUUUCGUGCUAAGGACUCAUUACAUGUACUAAACCCACAUCAUCAAAGUGGUGGAGAAAGGAGUGUUUCUACAAUGCUUUAUCUUAUGGCAAUACAGGAGAUGACAAAUUGUCCUUUUAGGGUAGUAGAUGAGAUAAACCAGGGAAUGGACCCAAAUAAUGAGAGGCGUGUGUUUGAAGUUGUUGCUCGUACUGCUUGCAAAGAGAACACCUCGCAGUACUUUCUAAUAACUCCCAAGCUCUUACCAGAUUUGGAUUACAAUGAUAGGAUGACAAUACUCUGUGUUUUCAAUGGCCACUGGAUGCUUCCACAUACAAAGUGGAAUAUCAAGGAGUUCAUUAGAAGAAAGAGACUACAGUCUGCCACUGCUUGAUGUAAAACCUUGAACAAUGAACUGCAAGUAUUGAUGUUUUAGAGGAUGGAAGCAUCGAGAGAAAUAAUUGGGAGUAAAUUGAGUUUUUUUAUGAGGAUAUAAGGAAAAAAAUAAUGCAAAUAUUGUUAAAGUUCAAAUUUGAAAACCUGGGAAAUGUUGUACAAAGAUGUUCCUGUUAUUUCAGUAGAAAAUUUCAAAUUCAAAUUUAUGAUGAUUAAAAAAGAGAUUUACGCAGUAUAUAGAUAAAAUUUAAGUUGGAUUAAUAGUAGCCUGUUCUAUUAAAAAUGUCAUUUAUUGCAAGAGCUUUAGCUUUGACAGUUUUCAAUGCUUCGUUGAGCAGAGUAAAAAACAUUUUAUGUUAGUAUGCAUACAACAUAGGAAAUCAAACAUUUGCAACAGUUUCUUUUUUGUGAUUGAGUGCUCUACUCAUAGCAAUGCUCAAUUAGCAAAACUUUGAUACAUUUUAUAAAUUUUUUAUUUUACCAACAAAAGUAAUGAUACAACAUGAUUAUAAUGACAUGCAAAUACCUAACAGUUUACAUAAUUACUACCUAAUUUUUUUUGCCUUAUUUUUUGAUAAUCCUUUUUUCAUUUUUUUGGGGGAUGAGUGCUAAGGAAAAAUGACACAAAUGGUUAUAAUAUUAUUUACAUAUUUGACCCAUAAAAAUGUUCACACGUUUUCCAUAUUUUACUAUAAGAAUACUUGGCUUGGAUGGUACCCUUAUCAAAGAAUAAAGAACAAACUGUCCAAAAAAUCCA